ACAUCCUCACUAAUUAAGCUGGUCGGGUAGUAAGGUCCAGCUGGUGUUUCUAUAGUUCAAUUGCUUGCAAACCCGUGCAGACAUCCUAUACUUGGUGGGCUGAGCAACAAUUUGGUUGAGUAGUUCUUGGGCUGAGCACUUCAUCAAAAGUUCAUUUUUUUUUUGAACGAACCAAAAGUUCAUUUUUAAGUGCAGUGUACAUUUGUGCGCAAGUGCAGUGCAGAUCAAAUGAUGUGGAAAGAAAGAAACACACACUGAAUAUCCAUGAUGCCAAGCACAUACAUGAUUAGACAAAUAAUUAAAGGACGGUUUAAAAGAUUAUAAACCUUUAAUGGCUGUAAAGUUUUCACAUGAUGCCAAGCAAAGCACAAAGUUUCAGUGUACCGCCAAGUUCUGUUCCAACAGAUUCUCAGUUAGUUGAUCAUCAUCGGUUUCCUCCAAAUUCAGUUUCUCUCAGUGCAGGAAUAUAUACACACAGGCACACAGCACCUAUUAGCAUCUAGCCAAGCUCCAUUUACAAGAAAAAAAAAUUGUAAUUUAGAGUAACCAAGAAUGCCAUUCAGCAGAAAUGGUGCCCAUCUCUGGGCCGCCGUGCUCCUCGCCGUCCUCGCCGCCGCCGAAGCCGCCAGGUCCCCGAGUUGCUGCGUGCCGGGGCAGGCCAUCCCCCUCCGCCCGCUCCCGGGCUGCCGCUGGUACGUGGCCAGCCGGACCUGCGGCGUGGUGCCGCGGCUGCCGCCGGAGGUGAUGAAGGCGAUGUGCUGCCGGCAGCUGGAGGCCGUCCCGGCGGAGUGCCGGUGCAAGGCGCUGCGGGUGAUGAUGGAGGACACGCCCCGGUCGGCGGGGCUCAGGGGCCAGGUCUGCUGGCACGCGCAGGCCGAGUUCGCCCCCGCCGUCGUCGCGGAGGCGGAGUGCGGCCUGACCACCAUCCAUGGCCGCCCCUUCUGCGACGCGCUCAGCGCCGAGUCCUGAUCAAAUCAUAACCAGUAGCGGGCAGCUCAUGAUCGAAUAAGCGUGGCAUGGAUAUGCACGUAUGCGUUAAA